CUCAUCAUAAUCGAAGAGCGAUCAUCCACAGAAAGAACACACAAUCGCGAACGGGUCCGUGUGGAAUGUCUUUUCAUCGUCCAAGUUUGUAGUUUGAGUUUUCUAGUUUUGAUUCAACAAUACGCGUUCCAUUUGGCUGCGAACUCGUACAUUCAUCCCGGAAAUACCAGUGUGGACAUCGAUCGGUCUGAUUUGCACAAGUUCUGAGGCAGUUUUCUUGAUCUGAAUUUCGGAAGCAAUCAUUUUGUGUGACAAAAGAGAAGAAAAAUUUUGCAAACGCGAUUAUGUGAUUGCCAUCGUCGCCCAGUGUGUUGUGUGUGUGAGAGAGCAGCAGUACCGUGAUUCUUUUUCUCGCUCAUUGGUUCGUUCGUUUUUCGAUUUUGUCGGGAAAGUCGGGGGACCAACGAGAAAAUAAAGGCAAAGGCCCCAUCGCGAAUAGUUGCGUAUCGAAAAUUGUGGUGAAAAUUCACGCUGAAAUCUCGCACGGGUGGGAAGAACGUGAGAUAGUGAAGAAAAUUGGUCAAGCAAGAGCGUGAACCGCAGGUGAAAGGUGCAAAGCAGAAAAUAAUCACCUUUUGGGUGACACCACCGUGAGGAGGACCAGCAGCAGGAAAAAAGUAAUAAGAACAGUACUACACACACCGUUGUUGGAGCAGAGAAGGAAAAGAAGAAGCAACAGCACAGUGUCCCCAAAUAUCUCGAGUACAGUGCUCGAGAGUGUGUGCGUGCGUUUGUCGCAGUUGUGUGUGUACGCGCGGCCUCGAAGUGAAAAAUAAUGAGUCGCCAUGAAGGUGUGAGCUGCGAUUCGUGUCUUAAAAGCAACUUCCGAGGACGUCGUUACAAAUGUUUGAUCUGCUACGACUAUGAUCUGUGCGCCAACUGUUAUGAAGAAGGAGCAACCAGCACACGACACUCUGCAGACCACCCAAUGCAGUGUAUACUAACGAGGUCCGACUUCGAAUUAUACUAUGGCGGAGAAGUUCUCACACCAGAUCAGCCACAGUCAUUUACCUGCCCGUAUUGCAAACGAAUGGGACUCAGUGAUUCGGCUCUACUGGAGCAUGUCAGCUCCGAUCACACCGACACCGGUCUGGAGGUCGUUUGUCCAGUAUGUGCAGCACUACCCGGCGGUGAUCCAAACCUGGUGACAGAUGACUUUGCCGGACAUUUGAGCUUAGAACAUCGGAGUGGUGGAUCGCGGGAUCUCAUCUCGUUUCUGGAUGAGCCUUCCGCUAUCCGGCAUGGAGGAGUACGAAGGAUGCCACAUUCUGGUCGUGCACUGGGAGGACCUCGAUCGAGACGAUCUAAUAUGCACUUCAGCUCAUCAGGAGGAGGUCUCUCCACAUUGUCCCCCUCAGGACGUGAAUCAGUGGACCCCAUUGCAGAGCUCCUACAGCAGUUGUCCAGCGUCCGUCGGGGCGGUGCCCCGCAGCCGUCGCAGCUUCAGCAGCUUCAGAUGCAAAUUCAGUUGGAACGACAGCAAGUAACCGCCGCUCGUCAGCAGUUGGAGCGAUUACCGCGACGCCAGCAGCAACCAGUAGUGUCCUCUGCGACAAAUGCAACCGGUGGCAGUAAUGCGGCUGGUAAUGCCAGCACAUCGUCGCAACAAUCGUCCAGUUCGAUUAUCACACUCAAUGCCACGGGUUCCCGUGAUGCACCGAUCGCAUCGUCGUCCUCGCUACCGAUGGUAUCAUCCGGCAUUGGCACGUGCAACAUCCUUGGUGGCGUGUCAGCAGCUGCGGCGGCUGCGGCCGCCCAACAGCAAUCGCAGUUCUUGAUGGCACGCUUUAUGGUAUCGAGCCUAGAUGAUGCCGAGUUAGCACAAUUGGAGCGUGAUAGGGCUGACAGAUCACAAUUCGUUCAAGCUUUAAUGUUAUCAACCAUCGCCAACAUCCAGUCGUUUAAUAAACCCGCAGAUGAAGACGUGACCGAUGAGUUAAAUUCAUUAAGUCUAGGUAUUGGGAGUAACAACAAUAGUACCGUAAAUAAGAAUGUAAAAAAAUCUACCGGUAGCGAUGCCGAUGAUCAGGAUGGUGCAGCAAAUUACAACAACAGUGGAAAGGACGAAGGCAAUUGUGAUAAUCUAAAGCAGGUUGAAAGUGAUAGCAGCUUGGCGGACGAGCUGCAGAGUUUGCAUGCUCCACAGGUGCUACCGCGCGGUGGCCAGGGUCAGCAACACCCAGGGAAAGGAAAAUCUUCAUCUAAAGCUAUGGCUGGUGCUGGCGGAGGAGGAGGUGGAGGUGGAUGUAUCGAUAGACGCUCCCGUCAGCAACAGCAGGCAAAUGCUGCCAAAGCUCGUGAAUUAAAACAGGCCAACACUUCAGCCAAUACACCGUCAUCGAUGUCGUCGAAACACGUUCCCGAUUCUAGGUAGUGUUGUAUAGCAAACAUUAUUGAAAAUCACAGAGGUUAAAAUAAUCAAGAUUAUUAUCAUUAAAAUUGUACGGAUAAUUCACGCAGUAACCGCAAAUGGGGGCGAGAAGAGACUUUAAAGGAAAACUACGAAUGAAAAAUAAAACACUUUAAUUAAAUUAAAAAUAUAAAAAAGCAGAAUAUAAUUGCAAAACUAUAUUACACCUUAGGCAUUAUCAUUACUGGAAACAGACAAACAAGUAAAUAGAAAACAUUAUACCAGAAAAAAACACUACUGCUAAAUAAUAUGUAUGGAUACCACAAAAAGUCAUCAGUACGUUCUAAAUUCUACUUACUCGAUCGAGAACGAAGGCUUUGUCAGUGUGUUGAAAAUUAACGUAGUGUCAAAACACUAUCCUUUGUCGGAAGGCUGAACCGAUGAUGAAGAAGAAAACGAAGAAUUGCUGUUCGCAAGAAGUCUGUUACUCGAAAGCGUGGUUACGCGAUCCGAUAGGAAAUCAAACUGCAAGGUGUUGUUUCUU